CAAAUACUCCGCACUUUUCUACUGAGCAUAUUACUUUUCUCUCUAGUGCCGGGUGUAGGAGGAGCUCGGAGGAAGAGGCAGAACAUCUCUACUUACGGGUGUCGAUUUCGAAGUUACCGCCGGGAAGGAUGGAAUCUGCAGAACUUUUUCUGUGCAGAAUGUGAAUGGAAAGAGCCGGCUGUAGGAGGAGCUCAAAGGAAGGGGUGGAGCAUCUCUACUUCCAGGUGUCCAUCUCGGAGUUACCGUCUGGAAAUAUGGAAUCUACAGAACUUUUUCUGUGCAGGAUGUGAAUGGAGA